AUGCCCCCUCGUAAAGGCAUCGUUAAAUCAGGAAAUGCAGGGAACUCAUCAAAACCUUCGAAGCCUUCAGAAUUGAGCUCUGCGAGCGUCCCAGCUAAGGUGGACCCACCACCACUCUUUCCCCCAGGUUCAAAGACCCCGCUCAGUCUUCUGCAGGAGAGAUGUCAGAAAUUUGGUUGGGAGAAACCGGUUGUCGACACGGUUCGUUUAAACUACGGAGAAAGCGGGUGGUCCUUUGUGGUUACAUUGAGCAAGAUCAGCAAGAAAACCUCGGAGCGGGAACAAGUUCGCAUGUCACCGCAUCCACAGUACUUUAAGCCCACCGCGUUAGAGGCGCGUCAUUGGGGUGCAACCUACGCUCUGUAUCGUUUUUGCAAUGGUAUACAACUCGAUUAUGUUCUUCCCGCUGGACCCAGGGAUUACUGGAAAGAGUUGGCAUCAGCCCACAAAACCAUUCCGGAGCAUCAAAACUGGAUGUAUGAUGCCGACCCAUUUGCUGCACAACAGCGAGUUGAACAGCGACAAGCGAAAAAUGCUCAAACGCAAGAAAUGAAAUCUUCUCAAGAUUCAGAUUCGCGCAAAUAUACACCGUCUGGUGAAUUUUCUCAAUUACCAGAAGUCCGCAUGGCUUCCGGUUUGCGUGACUUGGUGGAGAAAGCAGUGAAAACGGGCUUUGAACUAUACCCAGAGACUUCGGACACUGCGUCUACCUUACCCUCUCAAGAAGUCCUGUCAAGCAUUAACAAGCAAUUAGGCCAUCUUGGUUUCAACUCGAGACAAAUACGAGACGCUUCCACAUUCCUUUCGACAGCCUCACCACUGAUCUCGGAACUCUUCAAAUCUCUUAGUCCUCUUGAAGCGUCCAUUGAAUACCUUGUUCUCCGGGUACCUGAAUGCGAUCUCCCAAUUAGGUUCCUUCCAAGCAACAACUCAUCAAAUCCCUUCAUUACUUCAGCACACUCGGGAACGGAGGAUCUGAAAAAGCGUUGGAUUGAGGAGAAGGCGGUGAAAGAGGCAGGAUGGCCACUUCACGCCAUUAAGGACUCUACAUCAAAUCUGGAGGUUGCUCACAAUUGGGAUUUACUGCUGGUCACGCUUGGUAAAAGGCUUAUUGAUCAAGAGUUUGACCCAUCUCUGGUCCUAGACGGAGCGAAACCUUACGCCAUCGACCCGAAUGAGUACGAAGCGCUCGGCGCCUACCUUGAGGACCCGAAUCACAUUGUUUUGCCGUUGUUUACCGCACCAAUCCAAGUUCACAUUUUCCUUGCCCCGGAUGGAGAUUUUCCUCGCCCAGGUUAUACACCAAUAUAUCUCACAUCAACUUCGAUACCACCGUACAUUCGUCUUCACCUUCUCUCGAGGCUGCUUCUAGCAUUAGAAUCCGACUUGCAACCAGACGAGGGACUUUUUAUGGCCAUUAUGAGAAUUUUGGAGGAUGAAUGGGAAACCAUGGAGAAUAACGGUCCACCAGAUAUAUCUACCGUGUUGAGGAAUAUCCUUCCUCGUGAUUCAAACUCGACUUCUGAUCCCUCAGUUGUCUCCCCUCACCCAGAUAUAACACCUAGUGGCAAGAGAGAAAAGAGGAUGAUAGAACAUCGCCACCACAACCCACAUGAAAAUAAUCGAAUGAAACAUGACCUUGAAGUCCUUCAAGCAAGUGAUAAGUAUGCACCAAUAUUGGCCACGAGAAAGCGGCUGCCUGCGUUUGCGGCCAGAGAUCAAUUUUUGGAACAUCUAGAAUCGAGCCGGGUCGUGAUUGUUGUGGGCGAAACGGGCUGCGGGAAAACGACACAAAUUCCCCAAUUUAUCCUGGACUCCCUUAUACUUUCCAACAGGGGCGGAGAGGCAUCGAUCAUAGUAACUCAACCACGCAGAAUAUCUGCUAUCUCGGUGGCUUCACGCGUUUCAUAUGAGCGCCUCGAGGACGGCUGUGUCGGUUAUGCUGUUCGCGGGGAGAGCAAACAGAACAAGAGAACGAAGCUGCUGUUUUGUACCACUGGAGUCGUUCUGCGCCGCCUGAGCUCGGGGGACAGCUUACAAAAUGUCACCCACGUUAUUGUCGACGAGGUUCACGAGCGUUCGUUGGACGGAGAUUUCCUACUCCUCGAGUUGAAGGAGCUGCUUAAAACCCAUCCCAGGCUUAAGGUCAUUCUGAUGUCAGCAACCAUCAAUCACGAGACGUUUGUGCGAUAUUUCAAUGACGCUCCCCUCUUGACCAUCCCCGGCUUCACCCAUCCAGUCAAAGAUUUUUAUUUGGAGGACAUCGUUUCCUUAAUGUCAUAUAGGCCUUCUUCCGUCAAACAGAGCAAGAAAACCGAUGCUGGGGAUGCUUUACGCGAUGAACUAAGAUCACAUGGGUUGGAUGAAGAAACUAUCAAUGUAGUACAAAGCAUCAGCAAGACGGAACGUCUGGACUACCAGUUGAUUGCAGCACUCGUUGACCACAUCAGAUCGACUGAGACUGAGCCAGGCGGCAUACUCAUUUUUCUUCCUGGUGUUAACGAAAUUCGACAAUGUGCCGAAGCGAUCCGCAAGGUUAUCGGGCAAAGAGGCGAGGUUUUACCUCUCCAUGCCAAUCUCUCCAAUAUGGAACAGCAGCGGGUCUUCAAGAAAACUUCUUUGUGGAAGAUUAUUGUUGCUACCAAUGUCGCCGAGACGUCGAUUACUAUUGACGACGUAACACAUGUUAUCGACGGAGGAAAAGUCAAGGAAACUCGAUACGACUCGGAAUCAGCCUUGUUGCGGCUGGUAGAAACAUGGGUCACUCGUGCCGCUGCAAGGCAGAGAAGAGGACGCGCGGGACGAACGAGACCAGGGGUGUGUUAUAAGCUUUAUACGAGAAGGCGUGAAACAGCGAUGGCCUCAUUUCCGACCCCUGAAAUCCUUCGGGUUCCCUUGGAAAGCAUCUCAUUAACGGUGAAGGCGACGAGAGAGGCUGCUGAUGUCAAGUCUUUUUUGAGUCAAGCCAUUGAUCCACCCUCAUUGUCAGCGAUGAACACAGCUUGGACAACCCUGCAAGAAAUCGGGGCCGUAGAUUCCGAUAACAAACUCACCGCACUUGGAAAACAUAUUUCGAUGCUACCACUUGACAUCAGGCUUGCGAAGAUAUUAAUAUUUGGCACCAUCUUUCAAUGCCUGAACCCAAUCCUGACUAUUGCUGCAUGCCUAUCCUCAAAGUCAAUAUUUGUCGCCCCCAUGGACAAAAGAGAAGAGGCAAAACAAGCAAGGGCCCGAUUUGCUUCGGGAAGAAGCGAUCUCCUUACCGACUUGGAGGCAUUUAGCCAGUGCGCAAAAAUGCGGUCGGAGGGGAGUUCUAAUCAUGCAAUAAAAUUGUUUUGUGAAGAGAACUUCAUUGCUACGGAUACUAUUCGAGAAGUUACCACACUUCGACAAGAUCUUUUGUCCUCGUUGGUGGAGAUCGGCUUCGUACCCAACGACUCCGUUCCCACAUCCCCAGAGCUCAACAAACACAGCGAAAAUGUGAAUCUUCUGAAAGCUGUUAUCGCCGGGGGCUUGUGGCCUCGCGUCGCGCGUGUACACCUACCAAAGUCUGCUGUCAAAUUUGACAAGGUUCAAGCGGGGGCAAUUCAGAGGGAAAACACCGCGAACGAAUUCAAGUUCUUUGAUAUCGGAACAGGCAGGGUUUUCCUUCACCCGGCGAGUAUUCUCUUUAGCAAUGCAGUCUGGAAAUCCCCAUUCGUUGCGUACUUUCAAAAACAUAUGACUACCAAAGUCUUUUUGCGAGACGCGACUGAGAUACCACUUUAUGCUCUUCUGCUAUUUGGCGGCCCGUUGACUGUCAACCACGUCGCAGGGGGUCUCACUAUUGGCAGCAAAGAAAAUGCCGUUAAAUUGAAGGCAUGGCCCCGAAUUGGCAUCCUGGCCAAUCACCUACGACGUUUACUAGAUGCACAACUUCAGCGAUGUAUGGAAGGUGGCACGAAUCUCAGUUCUGGUUCGGACAACCCAGUUGUUCAUGCCAUCUUGGCCCUUCUCGCGCAUGAUGGCCUGUCUGAAUGA